AUGUCUUGUAACAUACGGACUUCCAAAAAGUGGGUGCUUCCUCCAAAACCCAGACCAGGCCGCAAACCUACAGAUAAACAAGACGAAAAACCUAUGAUCAACCAUUCGAUGUCAGCGCAAGAAUUGACGUCAAACAUUGCUAUCAUUACUUCCGAAAACCAACAGCUUAAAACUCAUCUAUUGUCGCUCAUCUACGACUACAAAAACUUAAAACAUCUUGUUCUCGACCGUUCACCUUCGUCGUCACCGGUGCCUCUGCAUCUCGUUUCCUCCACCGAAAGACGCAAGCGGUCGUUCACAGAACUCAACCAUUCGGAUCCCAUGAACAAAUUGAUCUCGGAUAUGAACGAUUUGAGUCAUAACACCCCAUCGCUUUCGCCGGCUGAACCUGACACCCCUAUAGAACCAGUAGACAAUAUGGAAUAUUCAGACACUGAAAUUGACCAAGAAGUGUUCAGUUUCAUCAACCUUGACAUUCUCGACCAAAGAAAGACAUUUCCCAUUGACGAAGAGUCAGAGCCCGAUUCUGAAGUGGAAGACGAUGAAAAUGAAUCCCCCUCACUUUCCAGAACCACAUCUCCAUCUACAUUUUCUGAGAAUGAGGAAAAUUCACUCAUGACUACUCUCACCCGGUCCACUACCGUUUCCACCAAUAACUCCUUUUUCCAAGACAGAAAAGUCAAACCCGGCAAUUCUGCCGUCAAAUUUUACGAUCUCCCCAGUUUCACCCCAUCGGACUAUAAUUUCACGUUUGAGAACAUCGACCAGUCGGCCAACUUGAUGUCGAUCAUACAAGAAGAUAAAUACAAUAUGGUUACAGAUUUCCUAGAAGAGAAACUUAUAGACAACGAUCUUAACUAUUACGUGCAAAACGAAAGAUUGGGAUGA